GAAAGCUUAUAACCUAAUAUCUGAUUUCUUUUAGAUCAAGUAAAAACAAUGGUGAGGUUUGAUCUUCCAUGGGAUUUGGUAGAUGAAAUACUCUCUAGAGUUCCGGCUACAUCUGUACGACGAUUACAAUAUACUUGCAAACGAUGGAACGCUUUAUUCAAAGAUCCGGAAUUCAUCACAAAGCAAUUGGAUAAAGCAGUAAAGCAGAAUUUGGUUCUCAUGUGGAGUAAUUUUAGGGUUUACUCGCUGAGAAUCAAUCUCAACGAAAUUCAAAACGACAAUAUUGCUUUUGAUCCAUCUAUAGAGUUUACGGCUCAACAUAGCCAACAAGUUGAAAUAUCACAACUUUUUCACUGCAAUGGAUUAUUGUUAUGUUCCACGAAAGAGGCCAACAAGACCAAACUUGUUGUUGUAAAUCCGUGUACUGGUCAAACCAGGUGGAUCGAACCAAGAAGUGAUUACACGAAGCAUGAUAUAUAUGCUCUAGGUUACGAAAACAAUAACAAGAAAUCGUACGAUAGCUACAAAAUCUUGAGGAUUUCGUAUGGUGGCAAACUUUUGUAAAUCUUUGAGCUAAAGUCUAAUUCAUGGAGGGUUCUUCCUCAAGUCCCUCCCAACAUGGAUCUGGAUCUACGUAUUUAUGGACAAGGCGAGUCUUUGAAGGGAAAUACCUACUGGUUUUGCAUUUUUUAUUUCAAUAUAGUGAGUUUUGAUUUCACAACAGAAAAUGAAGGUUUCUAUACUUUUGCUCUAUCAGUUGUUAGAGAAGAGCAUCUUUUGGUGUUACGUUCGAGGUUUUAUAUGGGAAAGAUAGAGAUAUGGGUGGGUAAUAAGAUUGAUACUGAAACUAUGUUGACGUGGAGUAAAUCCUUUACAUUCGAUUUUGUUUCUCUGCGUGAUCUUCCUUUUAUAAGAAUUCUAAGUUUCUUCUUUGAAGAAGACAAGAAAGUGAUUGUUGUGGGCUGUGGCACUGGCAGAAGCAGAAGCGAGGAGAACUAUAAGAACAUGAUAUACAUUGUUGGAAAGCAUGGUUCCAAAAAGUUAGAUUAUGAGACAGACCAAUCUAAUUGUCGGCCGUUUUUCUUAAGUUAUGUUCCAAGUUUAGUUACUUUAUAUCCACCAAUGUAAUAUGUUUUUCUUCUUACUGAUCUUA